AUGGUGAGAGGAGCAGCAUCCCAUGGAUCAACCAAAGCAAUAUCUGCCAAGAUAAAGCCCCUGGAGAUUGUGGCUGGAGCGAACAUGGCUGAACGCUGGAAGGUUUGGAAGGCAAAAUUUGAAAUCUUCAUGUGUGCAACGACGUGUGACGGAGAGUCAGACACAAGAAGAAAUUGUUUGCUAUUACAAUUUCUUGGGGAUGACGCAUACAGCAUAUAUGCAUCGUUCAAUAAGAAGUACGACGAACUCACACAUAAGCAACUCAUAGAACUGUUUGAUGCACACUUCAAGCCAGAAAAGAAUGUGGAAAUGGCUUUAUACAAAUUAAUAACCAGAAAACAAAAAGAAGAUGAGACAUUGGACGAGUUUGUCACUAAUUUGAAGAAUUUAAGCCUGGCCUGUAACCUAGACAUUCUAAGCGAUAAAAUUGUCAAAGCGAUCAUGAUUGCAAAUUUGCUUCCGAAGUUUGAAGAGGUGAGAAUCCAAGUAUUGAUGAAGCAGGAUGAGACGUUGGAGAAUGCCAUCAAAACCAUCAAAACGUUUGAUGCAUCAAGACGUCAGGUGCAAGAAAUGGAUGCCAAUGAACCUGUAGUUGGAAAGAUCAACAGACGUUAUCAAGAUAAUGAAAGGCAAGCAUAA